GCGCCGAAAACACUCUCCCGCGAAUGCGAAGCGACGCGACGCGUAUACAAGAAGGCGCUCGCAGUCUCUGCACUUGGCUCUGCCCCCACCAGCGACCGAGCCCCAACUCCUAGACUCGUCGUACUCCAUAGCCGCAGUUUCGAAGGCGGAGUGUGCGCGAGUCGUCGUGCUCCUCCCGUACGUCGCCGUCGCUCGACUUCGGGACAGCCCCUCGAAAGUUCGCCAGAGCACGGCGGCGAGUUCAGUGCUUGCUGGGUCGUCGUGACGCUCGGAGCGCGCCACCCGGCCUCGACCCUCGCAGCAGCAUCGUCGUCAUCGUCCCUGGUCGUAUCCUGGCCCACUUCGAUCGCCGGACUUACUCGCCAGCCGCGUGCGUGCGCGCCUCGAUCGAUAGCAGGGCAGAGGAGGCGCUCACACGGGGUCCCCGGUGCGCUCGAGGACGAUGAGCCUGGCCGAGGACCGCUAGAUGCCUGUGGGGACGACCGCCGAGCCGGGAACGCAGAGCCCAUCAGUCAGGCCUCGAGUCAGCGACGGACGGCUGCGCCGAGGACGAAAUGAUAGUGCGGUGGUGAGACGAUCGACGGCGAGAGCGGCGUGUCCGGAAGAGCUUGUCGACCGAUGGAAGUCCGGAGAUCAACGAUUCCCACGUCCGGCUGAGCCACCGUGAAAGAGACACUCACGCGCCCACGUACAUACUUACGCAACACUUUCGCGCCAGCACACAUACUCACUCACUCACUCUCUCUCUCUCUCUCUCUCUCUCUCUCUCGCACUCUCGCACUCUGUGACAGUUUAUCUCCGUUGCGUCCACCUAUCGGUACUUUUGGAGCAACGAGGAGGUGCACGAGGAAGAGGAGGCGGAGAAAGCCGGGAAACCGCAAAACCAAGAUAAGAUGGGAGCCGGCAUGGGCAGAAGCGGCACUGGGGGCGGCAGUCUCCUGGAGUCGUUGCCCACGGGGACGCCCCUCCACGUAGCGAUGCUCGGACUCGACAGUGCCGGUAAAACAACGGCCCUGUAUAGGCUGAAGUUCGACCAAUACAUCAAUACUGUGCCAACCAUUGGUUUCAACUGCGAGAGGAUACGCGGCGGUAUUGGCAAGGCCAAAGGAGUUAACUUCCUAGUUUGGGACGUGGGCGGACAGGAAAAGCUUCGACCACUUUGGAAGUCAUACACAAGAUGUACCGACGGCAUCAUAUUCGUUGUAGACUCCUGCGACACGGAAAGGCUCGAGGAAGCUAAAAUGGAAUUGACAAGGACGGCGAGGAGUCCCGAUAAUGCGGGUGUUCCCAUACUCAUACUCGCCAACAAACAGGAUCUACCGGGCGCCAAGGAAGUGGACGAGUUGGAGAAGCAGCUUGGCGUUCUGGAGCUAUCGUCAUCCUCGGGAAGCUCGUGCGUCCGGGUGCAGCCAGCAUGUGCUAUUACCGGCGAGGGUCUGCACGAGGGUCUGGAUAGUCUCUACCAACUAAUUCUCAAGCGACGCAAGCUCGCCAAGCUAAACCGGAAGAGGGCGAGGUAGGCCAGGAUCUCCGACGACUGCGCCUGCGUCUUUUGACAUUGCACCGGUCCCUUGGCGGAUUACCGGCGCGUCAUUUUUCAGAGUGACGAUGACGAGGAGGAAACGGAAGAGGAAAAGAACGAGAACGAGGACGAAGACGAGGAGGAAGACAAAGACGAUUGCGUAUGCGAUACCUGUGAACUAUGCAAAAUCUCCCGUUGGAACGUCCUCUUGAUUUUGGAAAGAGGCUUUAUUACGCUUGGAAACGAGAAGAUUUCGCGGGGCAAGUGGUACACGCCCGGCGCCACUGUUCGCUCCUCCGUGCCCGUCGCACAAAUAACCCGCGCUACUCGAGACAACGGCUACACGCAUGUACAUACACGCUAUAAUGAUUUUUUUCUAGUCUACAAAGCGCCACAUCGAAGGAGCCGUCGCAAGGCCUCAUUCGCCUUUCUCUUAUUAUCGACGGAGGUGAGAAUAAGGAUGGCGAACCUCUCUCAUUGAGCGCGUGGCACGUCCUCCGCCGUUUCGUUUAUUUAUCGUGCCACGGUGGACACUAGCGAACGGCGGAAAAGCGAUGGAUGCGCCUUUUUUACUCCCAAAACUUGCCUCGACUGAGCUCCCAAGCCCCUCUUUGGAUCCCCCCCCUCCCCCAUCCCCCAUCCCCCAUCCCGCAAAACUACUCGGUAGUACGACGCGAUGCAAUUGCGCUUAUCGGUCGUAAGAGGAGAUCGAGAAGGGCCAAGAGAAGAUUUACCAAUGACAAUAAGGUCUGGAAUUCCUGUUAUCUUCUGCUUUUGUAUUUUGUCAUUGUGCCACUCGGCUUAUUGCAGCGUCGUACGACGAACUUUUGAUUCAACUCCUUUUCAAAGCGAGGCGGAUCCUCGAGUCAUACUCCUUAUUAAUUUAAUUCAUUAA